UUAACUGAACGUCACAUCUGACGGCUACGUUCAUUUGUGCUCACAAUCUUUGGGCAAAGUUUAACGCCUCCAUUUUUUCUCUUUAGGAGAUAAACAGAGUUUAGUUCUGCUGUAUUUGUAGUCCUUCGAUGACAGUAACUCGAUUAUUUCAUUUCCCUUGCGGUAAUCGAUCAAAAUGAAGGAGUUAGUAGAGGAGAUGCCUGAUGAAGGAUAUGGAUGCGCCGUUGCUAAUCGUUUCGGCCGACUGCUGGACGAUGAAUCCGACCCUUUCGACAUCGUAUACGCGGCAGGGGGGGAAAAGAAACAGAAGAAGAAGAAAGAGGAUCCAAAGAAAACUUCAACCACGACUGGAAAGAAAGAGUCUCAAAGGGACAGGAAAAUCGUUCUUCCAGUAGAUGGAGGUGGACAAGGCCAAGUCCGUCUUGCUCGUGGAGAAGUUGAGGAGCGAAUAGAGAGACGCGUGACUUUUGAGCGCAAAUUCAGCGACGCCGACACCCCCCUCAGUUUCUCUGUUGAGAGGCCUGUGGAUGUGCUGGACAGGCCUGUCAGAGGAAGAGGUACAGGAAGAGGGCGAGGAGCCCGAGGCCCAGGAUAUCCAAGAUCUAGUGAUGGAUUUGACCAGAGGGGAAAGAGAGAGUUUGAGAGACACAGUGGCUCUCUGAGUGUCAGAUCAGAAGAGAAGCGCAGCGGCAGUGGAUCUCGUAACUGGGGCUCGAUGAGAGACCAUAUGAGCUGCAGGAAAUAUCUUGUAACGCAGAUGAUGCUUGACAUGUACAAUUGCUCCUCUUUCAGACCUUCUGAGACCGAGGAAGUGAUUGAGCUUGCCCUAGAGAUGACACUGGAUGAGUGGAAAGCCCAACAGGAGCAAAGCAGGCCUAAGGUGGAGCUGAAUAUCCGUAAGGCAGAUACCUCUGUGCUGUCCAAGGCCGUGGUCAUCCAUAAGUCCAAAUUCCUUCAGAAACAUCAUAAUGGCUUGGAUGAAGAGGAUGUGGUUUUCCGCCGCCCGGCCAAUGACAUCACUUGUCAACUGGAGAUCAACUUUGGCAGCCUGGCUCGGCCUUCUCGUGGUGGGAGAGGAGGACGAGGUGGUCGUGGCCGUGGGGCUCCAUCCAUGCCAUCCCAAAGAUCUCCACAAAAACUUGAAUCUGCUCCAAACCCAGAUGAUCCAGAAGAUUUCCCUGCACUGACCUAGAGCUCCUCUGGAGGUAUAGAGUGAGGAUCAAACUGUUCUGCAACCCAUGUUGGUAGCUCUGAAAUGGGCACUUAAAAUGAACAAAAAUAAAGCAUGCAUAAAGUUGGUUCUUUGCAGUCACUGCAGUUGUCAUCGUGUAUAGUUCUGUAAUUUUUGCACUUGUUUGGGUUUACUAUUUUAAGAGGAUGGAGCAAUAGUUUUUUCUAAAAUAAAGCAUGCUGUUAAAGGCAUAUUGAUGCUGAGUGAAUACUUUGCCUAAAUACGUUAAGGAUAUUAAAAUGUAGACUUGCAUUUCUGCAAUUGCUUGAUUAGCCAGAAGAUUUACGGGGUGUUAAGCAAGGUGACAGUGACUUUGAACUGAAAUGUAAUAUGAAUUAAACUCUGGGCUGGUUUUAUCUCA